UGUCAGACAAGGAGAGAGGAGAGGUAGACAGGCUCAAGUUUUCCGUUUUCCUUUCCCCCGCUCCUCCACUUUGGAGUGGACUCUCUGGCAUCUCUGCUCACUCCUCCCUCCCUCCCGCUCCUCCUCCCCACCCCCACCUCGCCGCUCCGGCGUGGCGUUGCGGUUUCCUCUUUUGCUCUCGCCCUCCCACCCCCAAACCAGAUCUUUAAAUCCCCCCCCCCCCCCCACAAACCCUAGCCCACAACUCCUCCACCUCCUCUCCUCACAAUCCUCUUCUCCUCGCAGACCAUUCCGAUCUCGCCGCCGUUCCUCGGGCUGAGGAUGCUGUAGCUGCCAGCGGAUGGCCUCCGAGGGUGCUGCCAGCCGCCGCCCGCCCCUGGCCCCGCCUCCCAAGCGCCGAGCCGCGGAGGACCAGCAGCCGCCCGACGUCCUCACCUACAAGCGCCGCCGCCACGCCACAAACUCCAACUCCAGCGGCAGCGUCGCCAACCCCGGCUCUGACAUGGCUCAGCUGAGCAUGGUAGUAGUACGUAGCAGCAUUUCUCAGCAAGAUGGGCACCAAGCGCUGGCAAGGCACUGGAGAAGCUGGAGGGACACGCUGGAGGGCUUCCUGGAGUCCCCCGCUGUGAACCAGGGCUCUGGAGGAAUUCAGAGCUGCAUCCGUGAUGCGCUCAGAUAUAAUGGUUGCCAACCCCUCCAACAACUCGCUAAUCCUGUCACUCAGGGGAACCUUUCUAACGGCCAAGGUGAAGCCCAACAGACCCCUGGUGAACUGGUUAAUGAUAAAGAGAAUAAUGGCGCUGGUGCCUUGGUUUCGUUUGAAGAUGGAACUGCAGCAUCUUUGGAAGCCAACAAGGCAAUGUGCAAUAAUGCUCUCUUUGACAUCCUUGUCUCGGAGAAGUUCGCCUUGUUGUGUGAUUCACUGGCUGCAAUUUUCCAUGUCAAUAAGCCUAAUGAGGUGAUUGGUAUGGAAAAAAUUGAUGCGAGGAUGAGAAAUGGAGAUUAUGCACAGAACCCUACACUGUUUGACCAUGAUAUCAAGCAGAUAUGGGAGAAGUUUGAACAAGUUGGCCGAGAAAUGGCUGGUCUGGCUAGCAGUCUUUCAGUCAUUUCACGAGCUUCUUAUCAGAAGCAGGCUUCUGGACUUUCAGAAAUUGAUGCGACUGAGCACAAGACAGAAGAAACAAGUUUGGUUGGUGUUGCCCACAAAGUCCUAAGGGAGUCGACUCCCACAUGCGAUUCUGGCCAUUCUACCAUACCAAAACGAACUGAAACAUCUAGACUGGAUGGAAAUCAGACUUGCAAGGAUUGUGACAAAAGGGCAGAUAGUGAAGGGAGAAUUAUCUGUGAUGGAUGUGAAGCCGCAUACCAUGUUUCGUGUCUUAAGCUUGCCAUUGAAGAUGUCCCAGUGAAAUGGUACUGUCCCACCUGUAUUGAAUCAGCUGUAGCUGCCGCAAAGAAUAAUGCUAAUGGCAGAUCGCAUGAAGAUUGUAAUGUGUGUGACUGGCUUGACGUCACCAAGCCAAUAGAACAUCCUGAGGUUGUUAGCAGAACUGAGUUAGUUGACGAAACACAGGAGAGCGCAGUUGCAAGCAUGGAGGAAGAUAGUGAACCAGACCUCUCGACAACUGCCCUAUCAAACUUGUGUAAACAUUGCGGCACAUGUGAAGAUGAAGACAAGAAAUUCUUAGUAUGUGGUCAUCCUUACUGCGCUUACAAGUUCUAUCACAUCCGAUGCCUGAAAGAAAGCCAGAUUGCGCAUGAGAAGCAAAAGAACCGAGCAUGCUGGUACUGCCCAUCUUGUCUGUGCAGAGGCUGCUUCAAGGACAAGGAUGAUGAAUAUACAGUCUUGUGUGAUGGUUGUGAUGAUGCUUAUCACAUAUACUGCAUGACACCGGCACGCACUUCUAUCCCCAAAGGUCAGUGGUAUUGCUCAUCAUGUAGCGUGCUAAGGGCAAUGGACGGACUGCAAAAGUAUGAGAAGUCGAUCAUCCAGAGUGUUAAGCAUGUUUCUGAUGCCAAAAGGUCGAAGAUGUUGCUAGGUGAUGCUCCAGAAAAAUAACUAGCACAAUAGCAGCAUUCUGGAUCAGCUUCAGAGCUUUUGCUUUGGCAGACUUAGGCGAAAAGAAAGGAUUCGUUGAUCCCUCUGAAGGGGUAUACUCUGACAUCAAUAAUUGGAUGGGCUGUGUGGUUUAUUUCCUGCCGUUGAUAUCUACAGGAAGAACUUUUGCCUGGUGAAGAUGAUGGUCUAUGGAUGCGUAGCGGGAUGCAAUGUUCAUUCCCUGUUUCCCUUUCGAAUUUCCGCGACAAUUCUGAGAACAUUGUUGUUGCCUGUUCUUUUGUAUGUGCUCCGUCGUUGUGAUGAUACCCUUUGUUGACAUCGUUCUGUGAAAUAUAUGUUUUAUCUGACAA